AUGGACAGCAGUGGUGAGCUGGGCGCUGGCGAGGACGAGGCUGCAUGCACAUCUGCGUCCGAGGGUCUGGAAGAGGGUGAAGUGGAGGGCGAGACUCUGCUCAUAGUGGAGUCGGAGGACCAGGGCUCUGUGGAUCUGUCACAUGACCAGAGCGGUGACUCGCUCGCCAGCGACUUAGGCGAGGAGGCGGACGGAGCGUGGGCCUGCGAGGAUUUGGCGUUUUACUGCGAGCGCUGCCACAAGUGGAUCCCUGCUGUUCAUCUCCAUGGCGACCAGCCCAGCUACCUGAAAGGAGACAACUUCUUCAAGUUUGUCUGCUUUGACUGCUCCGAAGAUGGCAAGGAGACCUUUGAGAGGAUGCGGCUCACCUGGCAGCAGGUGGUCAUGCUAGCCAUGUACAAUCUGUCCCUGGAGGGAACCGGGCGCCAAGGUUAUUUCCGCUGGAAGGAGGACAUCUGCGCCUUCAUCGGCCGACACUGGAACUUCCUUCUCGGAUCAAGGAAAAAGACGUCAACGUGGUGGAGCACCGUGGCCGGUUGUCUGUCAGUCGGGAGUCCUGCCUUCUUCCGCUCGGGAGCGCAGGAGUUUAGCGAGCCCGGUUGGUGGAAGCUGGUUCACAACCGACCUCCGACCCUGCGGCCAGACACCAACAAGGCCAGCACUAAGGUCAAAGCAUCCAAGGCGGCGUUGGAGCCCAUCAUCACCGUGGAGGGUCUGAGGAAGCGCGGCGCCAGAAACCCGGUGGAGAGCGCCAUGCAGCUGAAGGAGAAGCGCUCGCGGACUCAGGAGGCCAAAGACAUUAGGCGUGCUCAGAAGGAGGCUGGCGGAUUCACGGACCGCAGUGCUUCCUCCACGCCAGUCAAAGCGGGCGUAGGCCGCGGCGGCACCGCCGCUCGACGACCGGACCUGGUUCUGGAGAAAGGCGAGGUCGUUGACUUCUCUUCACUCAGUUCUUCAGAUAGAACUCCGCUGACCAGCCCGUCACCAUCACCCUCACCGGAUUUCUCCGCCCCCGGGACCCCGGCCUCCCACUCUGCCACGCCCAGCCUGCUAUCGGAGGCAGACCUCAUCCCGGACGCCAUGCCGCCUCAGGCUCUCUUCCACGACGAUGAGGAGAUGGAGGCGGACGGGAUGAUCGACCCCGGAAUGGAGUACGCCCCUCCACCCGCCACCAUUUUCAUUGGUCGCAAGAAGCUCCGCCCAGCACCACCUCACAUCAAGCAUGAGGCAGACAGCGACGACGAUGACGGACAGGAGCACGAGGAGGACUUGGAAGAAGCGGUCGGCCCGCCUCUUUCUAGUGGCGCCCACAACAGGACAGAGCGGAGGAUGGUUGGGCGUUCUGAGAAAAGUGACGGGGGCGGCGGCGCCCCACAGAAUUCUCAUUACGUGCCUCUGAGCCUUUACGAGGAGAGGAUCCUGCGGCGGCGUUUGGACACAUGCCCUUUAGCGUUAGCCGUCACGCCGCAAGCCAAACGCCUCCACCGCAAGCUACUGGUCCGUCAGGUCAAGAGGCAGCGAGGGCUCCCCCUGCUGGACAUCGACCGUGCGGUCAGCACCGCCCUCAGCCUGGUGGGAGGAGUCUACGGAGCCCUAGAGGUCAACGGAGGUCAAUUUGCAACCAACAGCCAGGAGCUGCGUGUCCUUGAUCGCUUCCAGGUGAAGGGGUCCACGAGGAGGGGCUUCCCUGCACCGCGGGUGUCCUUCUGCCAUCGACUGAUGGGAGCACAUGGCGGUUUGGAGCAAAGCAUCAAGAGCCCUUACACGUCCCGCCUCCUCAAACCGUACAUCAGGCGCGACUACGAGAGUCGGCCGCUGAAGAUGAGGCUGCUCGCAGAGAUCCGAGCUCGUCGUCGUGGGGAGGGAGGAGACUGUACCCCUGAAGCAGACGCCCCCAUCGACUACUGCUACGUGCGGCCUGACCACAUCCCCGCCGUCAACGCCAUGUGUCACGAGCACUUCUGGCCAGGAGUGGACCUGUCCGAAUGCCUGCAGUACCCGGACUUCAGCGUGGUGGUUCUCUACAAGAAGGUGGUAGUCGGCUUCGGGUUCAUGGUGCCCGACGUCAAGUACAACGAGGCCUACAUCUCCUUCCUGUUGGUGCAUCCCGAGUGGCAGCGAGCGGGCAUCGGCACCUUCAUGAUCUACCAUCUCAUCCAGACGUGCAUGGGCAAGGAUGUGACGCUGCAUGUGUCGGCCAGUAAUCCCGCCAUGUUGCUCUACCAGAAGUUCGGCUUCAAGGCCGAGGAGUACAUCCUGGACUUUUACGACAAGUAUUACCCGCUGGACAGUAGCGAGUGCCGACACGCUUUUUUUCUACGACUGCGCCGCUGAUUACUGGCGGGGCGUUGUCGGAAUGUGUUGUGAUUGGAGGAGUGCAUUAAUAAAUGGAACAAUGACAUCCCUCAGUAGCUAGCGUUAUGGAUGACCAGCAAGUCAGGAAACCCCACCCCCUCCAUGUCAAGGCAAGACUGGUGCUUUGAGGCUAGCGAGAAGAGAUACCAUGGCUUCGCAGCCAGUCCUGAUGGCCACAUCAGAGGCUGUGUGGCCAUUUUUGUCACGCAAGCCAGUGGCGGCCUUGCAGCUGAAAGACACCAACAGCGAGUGUGACAUCAUUCCGGUGACGACAUCAAACGGCUACAAUAUGCUCCACGCUUACCUGAGCAGAACCUCAGCACACCGCAGACCUCCAGAGGCCAGAGCAGCGGCCUCGUGCAACGCCGUGUUCUUCAACCUGAGGAGGACACCACGUGAUACGCAGAGUCACGUGAAGAAUGAAAUGAUGUCAUCUUACGGCCCAGAUCGCUGGUCCACGUCCGCGCCGGCCUGCACCAAAACCGGAAGAACCUCGUGAUGACCAUUGGCAGUGGCGAGGGCCAGGGCAUGACGGCCAUCGGUCCCGCAGCAUCGUGGGUCCGCCCCCUGAUGGACACCCAAUGGUGGGCAAGUGACACAAAGGCUCCGAUUGGCUGAAGGCGCUCGUUACCUGAUCUAAGAGCUGCUGGAUCACAUCUACACGACCAUGUGCUGGACCCACUUCCUGCAGCAGUUGACUGUUUCUCACCUGAGCCAAUCACAGACAGGCUUUCAUAAAGAGGGAGGGGCCACAACGGAACACUCGUUUAAUUUUAAUGUCGGCAUCUCACCAUCAUAUUAGUUUUUCUUCCACUUCCUGAUAACACAAAAAUAAAAGUGCAGUGUUAAGUUGCUGCAGCGUCACGCUUGCAUGAUGUAAUGCUAAUGUAAUGCUAAUGUAAUGCUAAUGUUCUCACCGUGGCGGCCCGAGUGGGUCCGUUCCGUCACGCUGCUCAGAGUCUCACCCUCAGAACUGAUCUGAGACCAGACAGAAGAACAAAACAAAACCGUUUCACUAAACACCUCAGCAACGUGCUUUACUGUCAAGAGACUUAUCAACUCACACGUCUGACUUCCUGUCCGACUUCCUGUGAGGCCACCAUAAAGCUGAUGGUCACGCUGACCUCAUGAGCGUCUUCUUCAAGCACUGCAGACACCAUCUUAGUGAUGGAGUACACACACACACACACACACAGCAAGUUAAAGCACCAGCUCAAGUCUUCUGACGAUUGUCCCAUGAUGCCGAGCUGCCUUACCCUGCCGAGACGAGGCUCUCCCAGCAGAGUCCUGAAGGGGGCGUUGUUCUGAGCAAAACUCCUCAGGUGAGCGCACACGUGAUCCAGCUGCUUCCUCCAAUACCCUGAACACACCUUUCGCUGUUAU